CUUGCAACUAGCAAGACUGGAAGAAGAGUUAUUAGUAACUCACCUAGAUUCCCAAAUCCAAAUCCCAAACACUUUUGUAGUAAUUAAUUACCACCUUAAACCUUCACAAUUCAUUUCAUUAUAUAUAUAUAUAUUUGCUACUACAUAUCUAAAUCUCCAUCUGCACCAAUCUCUUUAUCCUCCUGUCUCUUUUUUGAUCUGUCUUUUCCUUUGCCAUUUUUGAAGCUACAUUUCCCCAUCUGGGUCUUCUUCAUUCUUGCACUACAUUUAUAUGGGACAAUUGUUAUUGUCGUCCCAAGAUUCAAUUUAAGGAAACAAGAAAUUAUAUUGUCUGUUGGUCAUGUCUUAUACUGGAAAAGGCUACUCUGAUUCCAGCACUACUGGUGCUGUUGAAGGUUCAUCUCACUUGAAGCUUUAUCAAGCUUUCAUUUUUUCAGUUCCCAUUUUCUUUGCUUUUGUACUUCUAUUGUUUUUUUACAUAUUUUAUCUUCGCCGUCGGAGGGUUGACUGGUCUUCUUUAAGGAUGAGGAGUCCACAGUUGCAGCACACCGCUACGGGAGCUGAUGAAUUGUCAAGGUGUGAAUUGGGGUUGAAGAAGGAGGUGAGGGAGAUGUUACCAAUUAUUGUGUUCACAGAGAGCUUCUCCGUCAAAGACACACAGUGUUCUGUGUGCUUAGGUGAUUACCAAGCAGAUGAUAGACUUCAACAGAUACCUGUGUGUGGGCAUACAUUUCACAUGGAUUGCAUUGAUCUCUGGUUAGCUACUCAUAGCACAUGCCCACUCUGCCGCCAAUCCCUCCUUACUCCAGCUAAAGCUUCCAGUGAAACACCUCAUACUUCGGCAGAAACCAGCGAUAGAACAUCAGCUGAGGAAAAUGGUGAUGAAACAUCUCGUCGUAGUGUCUCCGAGUGCCCCAAAGUAGGCCAAUUAAAUGUGGAGUCCAGAACCACGGAUGAAAGGGCAAUUGAACCCUCUAAUCAAGAUGCAAGUGAGGGUGACAAUGUUAACCGUGAGAGAGAGUCGAGGGAUGCUGCCGUGUAGGAAAGUUUGAUGCUCGAUUGUUAGGGAAAAAUUUGCUAUGCGCAGGAUAAUGCUUUGUGUGUUAGGGAACAAUAGCAAGUGGCAUGGUGCAGGAUAAGUGUGAUACAUAUAUAAGUCUAGUAUUCUGAAGAUCUAAGCUGAUAGAGAUCAGAUCUUGUUGUGUGCUCGUGAAGUUUCUACAUUUCUCAGGGAGAACGAGAAGCAAAACAACUCGUUUUUCGACACUUUUUUUCUCUGGGAAAAGAAGAAGCAGAAGCAAAGUCAUCUCUAGCUAGUGCAUGUACAGAUCAUAUAUCUUGUUUUCAUGCUCGUGAAGUUUCGACGUUUCUCUCAGGGAAAUGAGAGCCAAAACAGCGCUGAAGUUUUGGCCAUCUCUGGGGAAGAAGAAGCUGAAGCAAAGUCAUAUGUAGUGCAUUACAGAUGAUAUCGUGCUCAUGAUGUUUCGACAUUUCUCAGGGAAAUGAGAGAGGCAAAACACCUCAGAAGUUUUGGUCAUUUUACAUCUCUGUGGGAAAAAAAGAAGCUGAAGCAAGCUUAGGCAUUCUUUGAUGCAUGUUUAUUGGAAUGUUAAAAGUUUCUGUAGAGGUGUACCAUGUAAUAAUGUUGUGUUAUGAAAAGUGAAUUGAUGGACAUUGAAUUUUAUGUCUUUU